AAUACUGGCAUCAGACUUGUCAAAAUUGUUGUUGCAGCUGCACGCAUCCUUGGCAGGAAGCUGGAAAAUUUUGGAAAAUUACCGCAUUAUCACAUAAAUAACUUUCCACCGACAGCCCUAAACAACACGCGACUCAUUCCAACGCGUCAGUUUGUGCAAAUUUGUUUAUCUGUGCUCUGAAAGUCACCAGUUCAAUUUCCCCGGUGUAACGAUGUCCGAUGGUCAGGAAACAGUCCCAGAAGGAUGGGAAAAGCGUACCAGCCGUUCCACAGGCAUGACUUACUACCUUAAUGUUUACACUAAAGAGUCCCAGUGGGAUCCCCCCACAGCUCCCGCAGAACCGGUUAAUACGAAUGAACCACAUGAGGUGCAGUGUGCACAUUUGCUCGUGAAGCAUAACAAAUCCCGCCGGCCGAGCUCGUGGAGGGAGGAGAACAUUACGCGCAGCAAGGAGGAAGCGUUAGAAAUCCUCGAGUCCUACCGCAAGAAAAUUCAGUCCAAUGAAGCCACACUACAGGAGCUGGCGCAGCGGUAUUCGGACUGCAGUUCGGCUAAGCGCGGAGGCGAUUUGGGCAUGUUUAAGCGUGGCAUGAUGCAGAAACCGUUCGAAGAUGCUGCAUUCGCGCUGAAAGUGGGAGAUAUGUCCGACAUUGUGGAUACGGAUUCGGGCGUUCAUUUGAUUCUUCGGUUAAAAUAGACAUUGAUUUUGCUUUUCUUUGUUUCA